UCGCGCUUCAGUCACUGCGCGAUGUUCAGACUAAGCCAACGCCUGCCUGCCGCCCUCGGCGGUCUACGCCACGCCUCCUCCGCCGGCGAGAGUCAGCGUACCGCCCUCUACGAUUUCCACGUCCAAAAGGGCGGGAAAAUCGUGAACUUCGGAGGCUACGCCAUGCCGGUUCAAUACUCCGACCAGAGCAUCAUCGCCUCGCACCUCCACACGCGCCAGGUGGGCUCCAUCUUCGACGUGUCGCACAUGCUGCAGACCCGGAUAUUUGGGAAAGAUGGGGCCGCCUGUCUGGAGUCCGUCUGCACCGCGGACAUCCUGGGCACACCGGAUGGCAGUGGCGGCCUCACCCUGUUCACCAACGAAGCGGGUGGCAUCCUGGACGAUCUUAUUGUGAACAAGGUCAGCGAGAAGGAGCUCUACGUGGUCUCAAAUGCGGCAAUGAAGCAACAGGACAUGGGCAUAAUGAGCGCUGCUGUGAGUAACUUUAAGGCACAGGGCAAGGACGUGGCCAUCGAGUUCCUCAACCCCACCGAUCAGUCUUUGGUGGCGGUUCAGGGGCCCCAGGUGGCUGCCGAACUAUCCAAACUCCUGCCAAAGGAUGCUGCCCUGGAGCAGCUCUACUUCAUGAGAUCCUUUGUGACCAGCUUGGCUGGGAUCCCCGACGUCAGGAUCACGCGGUGCGGCUACACUGGCGAGGAUGGUGUGGAGAUAUCCGUGGAGUCCAGCCAGGUCCAGAAUCUAACCGAAUCCCUUCUUCAGAGUGGCAUCCUCAAGCUCGCCGGCCUGGGAGCCAGGGAUUCCCUGCGAUUGGAGGCGGGACUCUGUCUGUACGGCAGUGACAUCGAUGCCAAGACCACGCCCGUGGAAGCGGCUCUCGCCUGGCUGGUGUCCAAAAGACGCCGCACCACCCGCGAUUUCCCGGGCGCUGAAGUGAUUCUCGGCCAGCUGAAGCAGGGCGUCAGUCGGAGGCGAGUGGGUCUCCAGAUGUUGGGGGCCAAGCCGCCGCCAGCCCGCUCCGGAGUGGCCAUCUUCAGCCAGGGUCAGCAGGUGGGUCAGGUGACCAGUGGCGGUCCCAGUCCCAGUACUAAUCGCAACAUCGCCAUGGGCUAUGUGACGGAGAAUCUGAAGGCCAUCGGCACAAAGGUGGAGUUAAAAGUCCGCGACAAGUUCUACGAGGCCGAGAUCUGUAACAUGCCUUUUGUAAAAGCCAACUACUAUAUCAAGCCGAAGCAAUAAAUGAGCUGAGAUCUACCUACA